GUAAACACAGGACUGAGUGUAGUGAGCCUGGUAACAGGAAGUGCUGUGUUAAUGGCAGCUGACUCCAUAGCCUGAGAGCAGGAGGACAGUGAAUGCUGGGGAGCCGACCAUGGAGCUGGACUACUACCUGGAGCUCAGUGAGCGGCCAGUGCUGUUCGAGAAAGCCACCCAUGUCAACAGUGUGUUCUUCGAUGAGGCCAAUAAGCAGGUAUUUGCAGUGCGGUCUGGUGGAGCCACUGGAGUUGUUGUUAAAGGUCCAGAAGAUAGAAGUCCAAUCUCUUUUCGGAUGGAAGACAAAGGCGAAGUAAAAUGUAUUAAGUUUUCUUUGGAAAAUAGAAUUCUGGCUGUGCAGAGAACAGUUAAAAGAGUGGACUUCAUCAACUUAAUUCAAGAUUAUUCACAGUUAGAAUAUUCACAGGAAUGCAAGACCAAAAAUGCACAGAUUAUGGGAUUUUGCUGGACGAGUUCUACUGAAAUAGUCUUUAUAACAGAUCAAGGAAUUGAAUUUUAUCAGGUAUUGCCUGAGAAGCGGACUUUAAAGCUCUUGAAGAGCCAGAGUAUCACCGUUAAUUGGUACAUGUAUUGUCCAGAGAGCAGUGUUAUCCUGCUGUCCACUGCCAACCACUGCAAUGUGCUUCAGCCUUUCUACUUCAGGAAUGGAACAAUGUCAAAGAUGACGAAAUUUGAAAUUGAAUUGCCAGUUUCAACAGGGAAGACAAUUAAGAUUUCUGAAAGAGACAUAGCAAUGUCAACAAUAUAUGGUCAGCUUUAUGUUCUUUUUCUGAGACAUCAUGCAAAGUCCUCAAGCAGUGCAGGAGCAGAGGUUGUGAUGUACCAUUUAACUCGGGAGGGUUCCCCAAAGAAGAUGCACAUCUUGAAACUGAAUCGGACUGGAAAAUUUGCUCUGAAUGUUGUGGAUAACUUGGUCGUCGUCCAUCACCAAGAUACAGAGACAUCUGUUAUCUAUGACAUCCGGUUACGGGGUGACAGUGACGGCACCAUUACAUUGCACCAACCUGUGCUUCCUCCUCGCUCUAUACACCCGUACCAGAUUCCAGUGGCAGGUCCUUCAGCUGUGGCCGGACAAGUUCCUGUUCCCUGCAAACUCUAUUCCUCCUCUUGGAUUGUCUUUCAACCGGACAUUAUAAUUAGCGCCAGUGAAGGAUAUCUCUGGUAUCUGCGCGUCAAACUUCAACCGAUAGUCCAUCUGCUUGCUGACAAAGGACGAUUGAUGGAUUUCCUACUGCAGCGCAAAGACUGUAAAUCUGUCAUAUUAUCAGUGUGUUCUCAAAUGCUAACAGAAGCAGAUAGGGCGUCCCUGCCUGAAAUCUCUACAGUGUUUGAUAAACUCAACAGUGAAUAUAAAAAGUAUUUAGAUGCUGACAACAGUUACACAAUGGCUGUUGAAUCGAGCCAGGGAAGAAGCAACGCUCUCCUAAAAAGGCCAGUGCGCGGCCAAGCUGUCAUAGACCAAUCUGAUAUGUACACCCAUGUCUUAUCAGUCUUUACAGACUUGAAGGAGGCACCACACAAGUUCAUCAUAUCUGUUCUGAUGGAGUAUAUCCGUUCCUUGAACCAGUUCCAGAUACCAGUGCAGCAUUACCUCUAUGAACUGGUCAUCAAAACACUAGUGCAGCAUAAUCUGUUCUAUAUGCUUCAUCAGUUCCUGCAAUACCAUGUGCUCAGCGACUCCAAGCCUCUGGCUUGCCUCCUGUUAUCCUUGGAGAGUGUGUACCCCCCAGCACAUCAGCUGUCUCUUGACAUGCUAAAGAGGCUCUCCACGGCCAAUGAUGAGAUUAUAGAGGUUCUCUUGUCCAAACACCAAGUCCUGGCUGCUCUCAGGUUUAUACGGGGCAUUGGAGGACAUGACAAUGCGUCGGCACGCAAGUUCCUUGAUGCUGCUAAGCAGGCAAAUGAUGAUACGCUGUUCUAUACAGUCUUCCGUUUCUUUGAACAACGCAACCAGCGUCUGCGUGGAAACCCUAACUUUACCCCAGGUGAACACUGUGAGGAACACGUGGCUUCCUUCAAAGAGACUUUUGGAGAGCAGGCACUGCUGAAACUUCCUGCUUUAUGACCUAAUCUGGCCCGGCGUAAAAAACUGUAUAAAGUAUUUAUUACACUAAUAAAGUUCAUGCAGCUUCGGCUACUAUUACAAAAAUGUGUUUUUCUUUACAAAAAUGUUGUUUCGUUAUCAAACUAAUUACUAAAAUAUACAUCUGAUGAAUAAUCAUUUUCUGGAAUAAAGCAGCUGGAAAACUU